AUGUUCCAGGACCUUUCUGAAAAUAUCAUAGCUCUACUGAAGAAAUGCCUUACAUUCCAGCCUUCAAAGAGGCCAACUCCAGAGGAAUUGCUGCAUGACAAUUUGUUCAGUGAAGUAUCCUCGGCAUAUCCUCUCUUCCACAAACCUGCCGGUCUGUUCUCAUCUUCUCCAAGGUGUGCUAAUUUAACGCUUCCUGAAGACAUAAGUCAAUUAUGUAAAGAUGAAGAUAGUGAUUACCUAGCAGAAAGAUCGAUUGAAGAGGUUUAUUAUCUAUGGUGUUUGGCUGGAGGAGACUUGGAGAAAGAACUUGUCAACAAGGAAAUCAUCCGAUCAAAGCCACCUGUCUGCACGCUUCCCAACUUUUUAAUGGAAGACGGUGAGAGCUUUGGGCAAGGACGAGAUAGAAGUUCCCUCCUAGAUGACACAACUGUGACUUUGUCUCUGUGCCAGCUCCGAAAUAGACUGAAAGAUGUUGGUGGGGAAGCAUUUUAUCCAUUGCUUGAAGAUGACCAGUCAACUUUACCUCAUUCAAAUAGUAGUAAUGAGCUGUCUGCAGCUGCUAGUCUUCCUCUGAUCAUCCGAGAGAGGGACACAGAGUACCAGCUAAAUAGAAUUGUCUUGUUUGACAGGCUGUUGAAGGCCUACCCCUAUAAGAAAAAUCAAAUUUGGAAAGAAGCAAGGGUUGACAUCCCUCCUCUUCUGAGAGGCAUAACCUGGGCUGCCCUACUGGGUGUCGAGGGUGCCAUACAAGCAAAAUAUGAUGCUAUUGAUAAAGACACGCCGAUUCCUACAGACAGACAAAUUGAAGUUGAUAUUCCUCGUUGCCACCAGUAUGAUGAAUUGCUGUCAUCACCAGAGGGUCAUGCAAAGUUUAGACGUGUGUUGAAGGCCUGGGUUGUUUCCCAUCCUGAUUUGGUGUAUUGGCAAGGUCUUGACUCUCUUUGUGCACCAUUUCUAUACUUGAAUUUUAACAAUGAAGCUCUGGCAUAUGCCUGCAUGUCUGCUUUUAUCCCCAAGUAUUUGUAUAACUUCUUUCUGAAGGAUAAUUCUCAUGUUAUUCAAGAAUACCUGACAGUGUUUUCCCAGAUGAUUGCAUUCCAUGAUCCAGAGCUGAGUAACCACCUUAAUGAAAUUGGUUUUAUUCCAGAUCUUUAUGCUAUUCCUUGGUUUCUUACAAUGUUUACACAUGUCUUUCCUUUGCACAAAAUUUUUCACUUGUGGGAUACAUUACUGCUUGGAAAUUCCUCCUUCCCAUUCUGUAUUGGAGUGGCAAUACUUCAGCAACUGAGGGAUCGUCUUCUGGCUAAUGGAUUCAAUGAAUGCAUUCUCCUUUUUUCAGACUUGCCAGAGAUUGACAUAGAGCGUUGUGUCCGUGAGUCAAUCAACCUGUUUCGCUGGACCCCGAAGAGCGCUACGUACAGGCAGUAUGCACAGCCACCGCGGCAAGCCAGCGAGGGCAACGGUACAAGGAGUUCCAUGUCCUGCUUUUCGGCAGACUAUCAGGAAGCACCUCGAAGUGACCUAUCUAGGGAUUCCAUCAAGUUGGAUGACCUGAAGGCAGAGGUGUCACCACGAAUUUCAGCAGAAGAUCUGAUUGAUUUGUGUGAGUUGACAGGACCUAGUCAUUCCAAAACACCCAUAAAGAAAACAAAGUCUAGCAAGCCAAAGCUGCUGGUGGUGGACAUUCGUAACAGCGAAGACUUUAACCGUGGCCACAUUUCUGGCAGCAUCAAUGUCCCAUUUGCAUCAGCAUUUACUGCAGAAGGCGAUCUUGUCCAGUGCCCGGCAACUGCCACGCUCCAGAGCUUUAAAGGAAGAGUUGUGGUGAUUGUCGGGAAUGCAGUGAAGAACACAGCUGCUUUUGCAGCUCACCUAGUGAAAAACAAGUACCCAAGGGUCUGCAUCCUAGAUGGAGGAAUCAACAAGAUCAAGCCAACUGGUCUCCUCACUGUUCCUUCACCACAGAUUUAAGUGACUGUAAACAUUCAGGACAAUCUAUCUGAAUAGAAAAGUCUUACCAUGCAACACGGAUAUCCUGAAUGCAAGGGGCAUUAUGGUGUCUUCACUAUACAAGUUACUGUGAUGUUCGGUGUAUUAUUCUGCAGAUCUAGAGCGUGGGAUCUUUGCAUUUGUUCUUUGGUAUAGAGCUUCAGCUGGAAAAGAUCAAAACUGUGAAGCUUCAAGCUUUCCAAGAAACCUCUUUCAGCAUUGAUGUAGUGCACAACUGGCUGAGCGAGUCUGGAC